AUGUCGGGUCUGCAAGAGUGGGAAGGAGUGGGAGGGGUGAAGGAAGAGGAUUCUGAUAAGAUUACAAUAAUGCCAUGCCUUUCUUCCUUAAAUAUUACGCUUUGCAGUGGCCUAAAAACACUGCCAGGCUUCCUGCUAAAAUCACCACUGCAGAAUCUUUUCUUCCGUCAUUGUCGGAGUCUUGCACGAAGUUACCGACAAGGCACAGGAAAGGAGUGGCACAAGAUUUCUCACAUCCCAAACAUCACAAUUGACGAAACUGAUCCUGAUUUUGAUGAUGAGGAGGGUCAUGAGAUUGUACAAGAAAAGCAUGGUGUAAACAAAGGGCACUUACUUGUUCUUUCAUCUGGCCUGGUUCAAUUCCGGCUUCCGAUCCAAAUUGGCAGACCUGGGAUGGUGUUCUUGAAUUCCUGA